CAUUACUUAACGAUGAGCCUGAAUGGUUUCCUACGCGUAGAGUUUAUGAUUGACGACAGCACGGAAAAUGAGUACACGAUAAACUUACGAUUCAAAGUGUGCAUGGAAAGUGCAUUUGAAUGUAACCGUGACAUUGAAAUACUUCGAAACCACGUUGUGAAACGAAAGUGUGAAUUUAAACCAACCUUUCAAAUUCCAGGCUUCUCAUUAGAUAGCUGGAAAUCUAACAAUUCAAUGCCACCAGAUGCUGUACUGACAGACAAACAAAAAGAUGAACUGAUGCAACAAAUGGGCUUGAAUCAUUUUCUUCUGAAGGAACCGUGUAUAAUAAAAGCUAAUGUGACAGGAGAUGGCUUUGAGGUCGUUCACUAUGAGCCGAACGCUUCAUGUAUAGCUACAAAAGAUAGAGAGAGCUUCGAUUGUUGUAUUGAGUCAAAAGUCCUUGGAAGAAAUCUGUGGAUGAACUUUACCCUAGACCCAUGCAAUUAUAGAAUGGAGAUGAACCUGGAAAAUAUUCAACAAAAAUACGCUUUGCUUGGUUAUGAAUGGGGAACAAUGCAUUCAUUGUCAACUAAAGGUAUCUGGCGCACAGAGUAUAUGGUUACAAACGUGCAGUCACAGCACGAGUUUGAUCUGGAUAUAUCGCUUCAGCAAUGUUAUGAGACAACAUGUAAACAGUCACCGUUCAUCGUUGCUAAAGAUACCCGUAUACCUUAUCCCACGUGCGAAAACGUCACCAAAAAUGAUACACGUCAACCAUAUUACGGAAUAACGCAUGACUUCUGGAAACAGCCGAUAUGCACAGCUGAAAACUUAACCGCAUCUACAAGUACAUGUAGUCCUUUACCAGGCGAGCUUCAGAACAUUUGUGCUUGGUCCCCAGACUGCUCAGGAAUUCAGUGUUGUACGGAAUUUUAUUUUAGUGAGGGCAAACGGAAUGUAAUGCUAGAAUUUCAACAUGAUUGUGCCGACGACAAGUUUCAAUAUGGAAUUGAAAACAAGAAAUGGAGUAAACCAAUUAAAGAACUUAGCAGUCCUAUACACGAGGAUAUAGCUGAUGCAAUCUUCAUAGAUAUGAAUGUAACCAAUACUGCAUCGGUAAGCUACGACGUAUCAGUUACCAUAACAGUAUGUACAGGUACUCGAAAUUCAUUCGACUGUCAGCUCAACUUCCGAAUGGCGCAGAAACUAACAUGCGCAAUUGCUGGAAGACGACGACGACGUCAAGCCGUCCAAGAUGUUGUUACUCUUGGAAUGGACAUAAAAGAAGCAGUGACUAUUUUAUUGAGCCAAGGGACAUCGCAAGAAAAUAUACAGCAAUUCAUUAACGAUGCUAUCAAAUACCAGAAUGAUAAAAAAGCUCAAGUAUGGGAAGGCGAAGAACUAAGUGACUCAGAUGCUAGCACUGGCUAUGCAGCUACUGUUAAGGCAUUAGGAGAGCAUAACCCUCAAAACUUGAAACACAGAAAAUCAGAAGGCUAUGUCAAAGUAGAUAUCAAGGGCGCCGACAAAAUCGUGAAUAUGAUCGGAAAAGUAAAUGACAUUGGUACCCGCGCUGAUCAAUUGUUUGUUGUUGGAAAGGGACUUUCAAAGAAAGGGACGGACUUACUCGGUGCAGAGCUUGCAAAUAUGACUAUUGGUGAUUUAGAAGCAAUGCUGGAAACCAAUAAAGUCGAUCCUACCAUGAUUGGAAAACUUGUUCAUAAUUUUAUAGAUCUAGCUAAAGCCUUGUAUUCUGAAGUGGUUGAAAAAUUAUUCUCCGGAGGCCUUGGCAACCCUUUCAAAUCCUUUGACAUCUCGUUGACUGGACGAUUUGCAAUGCCGAGGAAAAAUAUUGAGUUAUUUAAAUAUGAAAAAAUAUUUAACCUGGGAGGUUUCAUUUCACUAAAAUUUUCAUUUGGAGCUAAUGGCUAUUAUGGCUUGAGUUUUGGAUGGGAAGGAAAACUUAUUGCUCAAACAGCAGGAGCCACUGUCGUACCUUACGGAGGGUUGACCUGUUAUGGAGAAGUUGAUGUGGGUUAUAUACUAUAUGGCAAGCUUCAAUUGGAAGGAGAUAUCAUGGACCUUAAGUUUCCUACCCGUGCUGAAAUUAGAUUUUCAAAAUUUCCUUUGGACGUGACAUUAAAAAUGGAUUUGGAACUAACCCCAGUCAGACUUCGAUUGAUUGGCUUAGUAAUUCUUGAAGUAAAAAUACUAUUCAUAAAGGUUAAAAAGACACUAUUCAGCAAAAACAUUUGGGAAUAUACGGCGCCAACUAUAAAAAAAAACAUGAUCGACGUUUCAACGAAAGAACAAGACGAAUCGCCACCUCAGUUCUCACCUGUAGUAAACAAGAAAGGCGCGGUAGACGAAUAUCCGUCCGGAGGGGCCUUUGUUUACAGGGGUUUAUGUUGA